AGCGUGAAAGCCAGCAGAGCACACAACUGCACUGGACAUCCAGAGAGAAACUAAGGGCACAGAUCAGACUUCAUUCUUACUGGGGCACAAUGGAAACCGAGAAGAAGACGCAUACAGCAGCAGAGCAGAUGACCGACAGGGACUUGUCUGAACAAAUAAAAAAAGUGACUAAGGAGAGUCACGUUAGAGCAGAAAACACAGAACUGAUGCUGAGCUUCCAGAGGGGAAAGGUCACGCUUCCGCAAUAUAAGCUCCUCCUGUGUUCGCUGUAUGAGAUCUACCAGGCUUUGGAGGAAGAGCUGGACAGGAACUCGGACCACCCGAGCGUCGCACCUAUUUACUUUCCUGCUGAACUGGCCAGGCUGAAGUCCAUUGAAAAAGAUCUGGAAUACUUCUAUGGUCAGGACUGGAGAGAGAAGAUUGUCAUUCCUGCAGCCACUAAAAGAUACAGCCACAGGCUCAGACAGAUUGGCAAAGAAAACCCUGAAUUCCUGCUUGCCCAUGCUUACACCCGGUAUCUGGGUGACCUGUCUGGGGGACAGGUUCUUGGUCGGAUCGCUCAGAAGUCCAUGGAUCUGAAAAAUGGUGAUGGUCUGUCCUUCUUUGCCUUCCCUGGGGUGUCCAGCCCCAACCUGUUCAAACAGCUCUAUCGCAGCCGAAUGAACAGUGUGGAGCUGACAGAGGAGGAGAGGAACGGUGUGCUGGAGGAGGCUGUCAGGGCCUUUGAGUUCAACAUUCAGGUCUUUGAAGAUUUACAGAAGAUGCUGACUGUCUCUGACAACAACCUGCAGAGCUCCAUGACACAGUCCAAGCCAGUAAAGGCGAGCACACUCCACAUGUCAGAAAACAUUUACACUUCCUCGCUGCUCAGGAUGGUCCUGGGACUGUUUGUGGCUCUGGCUACUGUCAGUGUGGGAAUGUACGCUUUAUGAAAAGAAACUCAAGAAAUACUGUGAAAUGAAGUGUUGCUGUUGAGGUUUGAAAUCUUUGCUUUGGUACUGUAAACCUAAAAGCAGAAAAAUCCCCACCUGAUUAUAACUGUAAGAUUUUAAAAACAUGUACAGAUCACAAAAUACUGUGUAACAUUUAUGUAAUUUAUCCAUAAGAACCAUUCACACUCACACAUACGUACAAUAAGUGUAAUAGUUUCUGAAUCUGUUGCACUGAUAUCCCUUGUGGUUGAAAAUGUGCAAUGUGUGUGCUUUAAAUACUGUAAAUAUAUAUGAACCUUUUAAUAAAAUAUUCUGCUGAA